AUGGCGUGCUUGGAGGAGCCGCCCGAGAAGAGGUACCCGUUGGCCAACCUCACCGACGAGCUUCUGGUAGAGAUCCUCCGCCGCCUCCCUAUACGCUCUCUCUGCCGCUUCAAGUGCGUAUCCCGGUCAUGGCGCGACCUCAUCUCCGACCGCGGCCACCGCAAGAAGCUACCCCACACCCUGGUCGGAUUCUUCUACAAGAGCCUCAACGGCGAGCGUUCCCCAUGCUUGGCUCACCACUUCACCAAUGUCACCGGGAAAGGCAUGCCCUUCAUCUACCCCUCCUUCUCCUUCUUGCCCGUCUGCAGCAGUGACGUCAUCCCCUUGGACUGCUGCAAUGGCCUCCUCCUCUGCCGAUGUUUUCAGCCCGGUCCUCAUGACAGCGACGGUAAUAGGCCGUUCCAUUAUGCCGUGUGCAAUCCUGCCAGCGAGAGGUGGGUGAUGUUGCCUGAUGGCAGCUGGGCUAGUGGCGAGGUUCGCACUGCCCGUCUGGGCUUUGAUCCGGCUGCCUCCUCGCAUUUUCAUGUGGUGGAGUAUGUGGAAGACGAGUAUGAGUAUAUCACAGGGGUGGAUAUUUACUCAUCCAAAACUGGAUCAUGGAGUUCCAGUGAAAGUGAAUGGAGUGAUAAUGCUAUGCUUUGUGAUGGUUCAAGAAGUGUCUUUCUCAAUGGCAUUAUGCACUCACUCGUGUUAAGGAAUGAAAUUGUGGCAGUGGAUAUGGAGGGAAAGAGAUGGAGGACAAUUCCUAGACCACCCAGUGACGAAUUUGGCUUCAUCCGUCAAGCUCAUGGUCAUCUGCUUUACUUUGAUAUGGAUCAGAAUGAAGCUAACAAACUGUCAGUCUGGAUUCUUGAAGAUUACAGUACAGACAAAUGGACAGUGAAGUAUAAAAUUAGCACCCUUGGUCUGUUUGGAGGGAAGAAGCUGCGAUUUGAUUUUGACUAUCAAGUGAUUGCAGUUCAUCCAGAAUGUAAUUUGGUUUUCUUUGUUUACGGGUGGGACAAUACAUUGAUGGCUUAUGAAAUGGACCGCAGGGAAGUGCGUGUCAUCCGUAAUCUUGGACAUGACUCCAAUGGUCCCUAUCUUCCAUAUGUCCCUUUCUUCUCAGAUUCAUUAGCUGAAGAGCACUAGAACUGCAUCAAGCAGUAUCGUCUCUAGCAAUCAUUCAGUUAGUUGAGUAGACCUUAUGUUUAAAGUCUGAAGUUUCUUUGUACUUGUAACCUGUCUCGUUGGACACAUGCCCCUUUGUGUUGUUUUUAUUAGACCAAUGCUGUUUAAUUAUUGGGGUAGAUAAACUGCCUCCAUGAAUGGUUAACCUUAUU